AUGGCUUAUAAUAUCACUGGUGCCAAUCCCAAGUUUUUGGAUCCAACCAACAGGGUUAAAACCGGAGACUUUCGAGAUGCAUUCGCUCGCGAAGCAACCCGACGUCGGAACGAGGCACGGACGAGUAAGGCUCCACUUAUCAAUGAGGAAGACAGCGUUGCCAAACCCCACCAUGAGCAAAAAUACCUGUCGUGGAACUCGUGGUUUCGCCGUACCAAGGACGACGAAGAACGCUUGAGAGAUAGUUUAAGGAAACAGCUUGAUGUGAAUUCCGACCUACGCGUACAUCGGAUGCGAAUACCAAUUGCAUGGAGUCGCAUUCCCAUUGGUGGUGAAAAGGAAACCCUUUUCCUGGCCACGGACGAAAAGUCGCAAAUUGAAAAUGCCGGCCCAGGAGGCCAAACCAUGCAUUGGAUACACAUGCAACAUCAUGCAGGAAUCGACUUUGAUACAUUCAAGGUAGGAGGUCAAAUAUUCCUUUAUCUCGAAUGA